CUAUUCAUUUACAUUAAACUAACUAUUUUUCAAAAAUAAAAAUAGCAUGACAUGAUAUGACAGUUUUACCUCUAAAAUAAUAACAUAUUGCCGAGAACACCCCUUAUCAUACAAAACACGCGAGUUUCAACCUGCGGGAUAAAAUAAGACGCUUAUAAAAUGCAUAACCGGCAUUGUAAGGGUUUUGUUACCGAACAAUGUCGCAAACAGUGAAUCUCGUCGUCGCCAACAACGUUGGUGGUGGAAUGCCAGAAGGCAAGUGUUUCCCGUGUUCACGUGUUUAUGGAAGAACAACUGCUGUGUAUUCAUGCCCUAUUAUAGGUCGUCAUAGAAUUUGUUCCCAUGUCAAAAUCGGAGGACUAAAGUCUGGUUCUUUGGCUGCAUCUAUUGUUUGUGAAGCAAGGAGGGACCCGUAUUUCUCAAGACAAAACAACAGGAACGAGCCAUCCAGAGGAAGAAACGGGAACAAUGAUGGAAGAGUUCUCUUUGAGAAUUUUGAAGAAGAUAUGUUAUCCUCAAAAAAUGGACCGUUGGAAUCACUUUCUUCAGGAAAAUUCCAGGCCGCUUCAGCCCCUGGCGCCAGAGAGAAAGAGAUUGUUGAGUUAUUUAAGAAGGUUCAGGCUCAGCUACGUGAGAGAGCUUCCUUGGUUAAAGAAGAAAAGAAAAUUGAAGUACCCCACAGACAUGUUAAAGAGAAUUCUGCUGUAGAUUCCCUUCUUAACGUCCUGAAGAGACACUCGGUUCAGCCAGUAAAGAAAAGCAGCGGAGAAGACGGCGGAGAAGAUCGUAACUCUGACCAGUUGCAAGAAAGUAAUCAAUACAAUGGAGUACAGAGCACUAAUUCUUUUGAUUCAAACAAUUCUCCAAAGGAUGAGUCUCGAGAUGCCAAUGUUGCUGCUGUGGCAAGGCCUCGGUCAGUUUUCCAAAGAAAGUCUCCUGUUCCACGCGUAAAGUAUCAGCCUGUCUCCCAUUAUGAGGAUGAGACUAAUGUAGAGCCAAUAGUUAGUGAAGAUAAUGUCAACAAUCGACAUCAAAUAGAUUUGAAACCGGAGGACGAGCCAGAGCCCGAACCAGAACCUAAGUCUGAAAUUGAUCUUGAUACAAAGGAUGAGCUGUUCUUCCCAGAACUGUCGGAGGAUGAUUCUCAUGAUGCUGAACAAACCUAUAACGAUGAGAGCGUGGAGGAGCAACUAGAUGUUCAAACUGAGGAUUUAAGUGCAUUGAAGUUGUCUGAAUUGAGAGCACUCGCAAAAUCUCGUGGCCUAAAAGGGUACUCAAAAUUGAAGAAGGUCGAUCUCAUAGAGCUAAUAACUGAGAGCUGAUUCUGAUUAAAGUACAAGUUUUUCCUCCUGCUUUUAGCUUAUUUUGUCUGUUCUUUCUAUUGUUAUUCCAAUCCAAGUACCUAGGAUGAAGUAUUAGUAAAACAUUAGAAUCAUUGCCUUGGAGGUUUUUAAAAUUUUGUAGUUUGUGCUACCAUUAUGAGAAACUUUACCAUAAUUAUUUUCAGUAACCCAUCCUUGUGCCUGUAUUAAUGAAUACAACAUUAGCAAACUAGAAAAUUUACCAUAAUUAUUUUUA